UCGGAACUCGGUCGAAAGGCCCCGAACACGCUCGUCAGCGGUCGGGCAAGCUCGGCGGCGCUCGGCUCGCCGGUCCCCCCCGCCCGCAGGACCCCCCUCAGGCGCGCCCGGGGGGGAGGCGGGGCGGGCUCGGCUCCCCCCGGCCCCGCGCAUGGAGCACAGCGACGGCGAGCCGGCCGCCAGACAGCUCGACUUGCCCGCGGGACCGGGGCAGCAGCGGGAGCCGCCGCAGGCAGCGGAGGGGGAGGCGGUAACGGUGAUGGCGGCAGACGCCCAGCACAUCGAGAUGGGAGCACCGCCAAUGCCAAGCGCCGACGAGGCCGCCGCCGCCGCUGCCUUCGCAGAAGUCACCACAGUGACAGUGGCCAACGUGGGGGCCUCUGCAGACAAUGUUUUUACCACAUCUGUGGCCAAUGCAGCCUCAAUUUCAGGACAUGUGUUGUCUGGGAGAACAGCCCUCCAAAUUGGGGACAGCUUGAACCCUGAGAAAGCCACUCUGAUCGUGGUGCACACGGAUGGCAGCAUCGUCGAAACCACCGGGAUCAAGGGGCCUUCGGCGCCUCUCACACCAGGACCACAGUCUCCUCCUACCCCUUUGGCAGCCGUCCAGGGGAAAAGUGGAACCAAGUACAACUGGGACCCGUCUGUGUACGAGAACGAGCUGCCGGUGCGGUGCCGGAAUAUCAGUGGCAUUCUGUACAAGAACAGGCUGGGCUCAGGAGGCCGUGGCAGGUGCAUUAAGCAAGGGGACAAUUGGUACAGCCCCACGGAGUUCGAGGCCAUGGCGGGGCGAGCCAGCAGCAAGGACUGGAAGAGGAGCAUCCGCUACGCCGGGCGGCCCCUGCAGUGCCUUAUCCACGAUGGGAUCUUAAAUCCCCAUGCUGCCUCGUGUACUUGUGCUGCGUGCUGUGACGACAUGACACUGAGUGGCCCUAUACGACUCUUUGUGCCAUAUAAAAGGCGAAAAAAAGAAAAUGAAAUACCAGCAACUCCAGUGAAGAAGAAUUGUUCCAAAAACAUCACUCUGCUUCCAGCCACUGCUGCAACUACGUUCACCGUGACUCCCUCUGGACAGAUCACAACCUCCGGGGCGCUGACCUUCGACCGCGCGUCCACCGUGGAGGCCACGGCCAUCAUCUCAGAGAGCCCAGCACAGGGGGAUGUUUUCACUGGAGCCACUGUUCAGGACACCAACGUUCAGCAGCCUUGCCGGGUGUCUCAUCCAGAGCCUCACUAUCCCAGUUACCAGGACAACUGCCAGAUCUCACCUUUCCCUGAGGCUGCACUGCCAACGUCGCAUCCCAAAAUCGUGUUGACCUCUCUGCCUGCCCUGGCAGUGCCCCCCACGACGCCCACCAAAGCCAUGUCGCCGUCGGUGGUGAACGGGCUGGAGGUGACGGAGCAGCGGAGCUGGCUCUACCUGGAGGAGAUGGUCAAUUCCCUGCUCAGCACGGCACAGCAGCUGAAGACUCUGAUUGAGCAGGCCAAGCAGGCCAGCUCCUCCUUCCGCGAGGCUGCUGUCACACAGGCCAAGAUCCAGGCUGAUGUGGAGAGGAAAGAGGCAUGUGUGCAGCGACAGGCCUGGAAGAGAGGUGUGGGAAGACUUUGCUGGAAGCUGAGGACCUCUAGGACAGUCCUUGCAGCCUCUUUGAUAUUCUUUGCCGUGUUGGCUCUGCUAAACUCUCCCGUACGAUGCAUCUUUGAUGUGCAGCAAUACCAGAGCCAGUUAUUCCAACAAACAGAGGAUGUGGAUGGGAAGACAGAAAUCAUCAUCAAGCAAUCCUGUGUCAACUGCGGACGGGAGGCCACCAACGAGUGCACAGGAUGCCAUAAAGUCAACUACUGCUCCACAUUCUGCCAGCGAAAGGACUGGAAGGACCACCAGCACAUCUGUGGCCAGUCAGCCACGGUGACGGUGCGAGGGGAUGAGGUGCACGUCCCGGACAAUGUCAUGGAGAAGGUCACCGUGUGAGUGCUCCACCUCCGCAGCCGCUCAUGGACACGCGGGGCCGGCUGGAUCGGCGACCGGCAGGAACGGUCUGUCCUGUGCCAACAGCACUCUUCUCACUAGCAGACUCAUUUUUCAUAGAUUUUUUGAUACUGUGACAGCACUUGUCUAUUCCCAAUUCCCUUCCAAAGCUUUGGAUAAUACAGAGACUGUGAAAACCUCACCUGGAACCCUCUCCCUUCCGUCCCAGCCCCAACUGGCUUUGGGAGGCUUUGCCUUUGCCUGACUGGAUCUUCCACCAUGUGGAUUACAGCAGUCUCCUCAUCUCUCUUGAGAUGGAUCUGAAGCAGAUGCUGCGAGGAGAUCUGCCAGUGCUUCCUCCUACUGGGACCUCCCUACCUCUCCUUACAGAAGAGAAACAAGUUUUUGGUUGGUUUAUUUAAUUCCCUUGACAAAGUUGGUACAAGUUCUUAGUUUGGCAUUGAAGGGAUUUUUGGGUUUCCUGUGUUCCCUCUGUGCUGGGCAAAUCUGGAACUCAUUGGACUUCUUCACUUAAACAUAGUUGAAAAAUAACAUGUUGCUAAAUAAAAUGCGAUGAAAGCACCAGUGUGCCCAGUGGUUCCCCUUCAUUCCCUGGGCAGCACUUUGCAGUACAGGUAACUGCUCAGGUGAGUGCACCAACAGCUGCAUGUGUGUCUGUACUCCCUGUCUACCUGGGAGAUGUUUUCUCCACAGGGAAGCUUCAUUCCACAGCGUGCCUGGAAUGUCACUCAUAGCACCCAGCUGGCCAGACUCAGAUGGGAUCAAGCCCAAGGUGAGCACAGGUGGAUAUGGGGCUGUCCUGUCUUCCUGUCUCUGCCCUGUAGGAGCUGCUAAUUAGAGAUGUGCUUACCAUUAGGGAGUUACUUGCUUUGUUCACUGCAACAAAAUAAUUUUAAUUAUUAAUCUACUAUUUUAAUGGUUAAUUAAAUUCUUUAUUUGUUAAUUAAGUUAAACCUUUGUUUGUGAUUGGAGAUUUCAGAGGAGUCUUGACAGGUGCACAAGCCUCUGGUUGUUUGGUUGGCUUUAUUCUUAGCUCCAGGCAUAGCCCCUGUUAGGGGUCACAACCCCCAUGAAGGGUCACUAUUGUUUGCUCUGGUUGAGGGGUCACAGCCCCUGUGAGGGUACACUUGUCCUGGCUCUUGUUUGUUCCAGUUUGGUGAUGGUAGAUGAGGAUGGCUGUUCAGCUCCUGCUCCAGUCGGGGUCACCUGAACCACAGAGUGACCCAACCCAACACCAUACAUGCUGUCAAACAGAAAAUUCUAUCCUGACUUACAGGAAACUUAAAAAAAGAGAAAAAUAACAUGGAAAAGACUCCAAGAUUAACUCCAGGGAAAAGACUAGAGGUUUCUGACAAAUCUAUUCCUUCCACUUUGCAUCUUAAAGGUCUGUUAGGUUGCAUUCCAUGUGUUCCAAGGCAGUAGGAACUGGUUUUCCAUCUCUCAGUGGGGUCUCUCAGAAGUGCCCUUGGUGGGUUUGCCAGUGGCACCAGCUCCUGAGGGGCAUGGGUCCUCAGUGUCCAAUGGAGGGAGGUGACAAGGCUCCCACAGUCAGUGGCAAGUGGUGAGUGUUACUUCCUGGCUGUUUCCUGGGAAAGUUAUUCCUCCUAACACAGAGCUGAGCAGGCCCAGGGGGCAGCACUGCAGUGCCAUCGAGGGUGAGGAGCUGGUGGCCACAGCGUGCAGCUCUUCCAGAAGGAACCGUGCUUCCAACAAAAGCCAACCAAGAACUGAGGCAGGAUGGGAACAGAAAUUACCUGUGAUACUCCUGGGAAGGAAAGAACAGGCAACUCCUUCCAUUCCCACAGCAAAAUGCUCACUUCUGUAUUCUAAAGUAAUACUUGAGUGUUGGGAAUGGUUUCUGCUCACAGUUAAGUGCUGAUUGCCUGUUACCUAGAACUUGGAGACAAUUAGUUAAUUGAGAAGACAGUCUUAAUUGAGCCUACAGUAAAACAGCUCAUUUACAGGGUUUCUUGCAUCCUGCAGCAAAGACAGCUCUGAACGAGCACCUCUGGAAAGCCCACAGUACCCUGGUACCUGGGGCAGCUGUGCCCCAACCCAGCAUGUGACAGCUCAAAAAUGCACAAUACAAUUGUGGGAAUUGAGUUGGUUUGCUGAUGAGAAAUUGAGCGCUUGCUAUUUUUAGUCAAAGCAACACUCCAGACAUCCCCUUUCCGUUCUGCUUCCAAGCAAAUUCCCUCCUGGAAAGCAACAAUCCUGUACAAAAUCAUUACUUGGAAGACUGUAAUUUUCUGCAAUAUUCUUUUUCUCCUCUCCAAGCCUGAGUGACGAGCAUCACCUGUCCCACUGGCUGCUGUGGCUGUCACUGCAUGCAGGUUCACCUUAAUGUAUGAAGGAUUUUUUCCUGAGGCUGGAAAUGUUUCCUGGCAGGAAUCGUGCGGCUUCACAGGAAAUUCUGGAGCACUAGCAAUAACAUUAUGGUGCCUUUGUAAGACCCUUGUUAAACUGAGUGAAAUCAGUUUUUGGGUUUAAAAUUAUCAAGGAUAAGGGGAAAGGAGAUUGCAGAGGUAGAUUCACCCUCACCUGGCAUAUGGACAUCUGGAAAUGAGCUUGGUACCCUUGUCUGGCAUAUGGACAUCUGGGAAAUGAACAGCCUUUUUUUGCUCCAGACUCAUGUCCAUGUCACCUCACAGCCCUGUUAAUACCACCCCAGAAGUCAGAAGAUUAGAAAUUACUGUUAUUAUCCCUGCUUACAUCAAGCAGUAAGUGUUAAAGAAGUGGCUACGCUUGGUAGUUCCCACUGGGAAGAGGAUUCAAGCUGCAUCCACUGGCCCUCACCUGUAACACCUUACUACAAGGACCUGGGGAGCCCCUUCCUUCAGCUGCCAGCUCUCCUCAUCUACCCCUCAUCCCCAACAAAGACAGCAGACCAGAGGCAGAAAUAGAUCUUUAAUGAACUAUACAAAAAAUGACCCAGUGGCUCCUCCUGUGCAGAGGGCUCAGCAGAAGAGGUGCAAGACUUUGCGGAAGAAGUUCCUGAACUCGGCGUUGAACACGGUGUAAAUGAUGGGGUUGAGAGCACUGUUGACGUAGCCCAGCCAAGUGACAGUGCUGGUGACUUGAGGGGGGAUGGAGCAGGACUUGCAGAGAGCCCUGGUAAUGUGUACCACAAAAAAAGGUGUCCAGCAGAAGAGGAAAGCACCUGCCAGGAGGAAAAAAAGAGAGAAGGUGAUGUGAAUGUUCAAAAGAGUUUAAUUUAACAAAGCCUGAGCCAAAAAAGACAGAGACAGCUUGGGCACUCAGGGAAAAGACAACAGUUGUGCUGACAUGUGGAGCUGGGCUUAUGCCCAGACAAAAAUUGGAUGUUUUUCCUGUCCUAAACAUUGAUGCAAAGUCUUAAGUUAGUCUCGCUUUGUCUUUGAAUGUAAGAUAUUGGGAGUCACAGGUUUGCCUUGGAGGGAGGUUAGGUUAUAAACACUGCAUGUGUUCUUUCUCUAGGGUGGUGGUUUUUGACGCUGCUCUGCCUUCACCCAGGUCCUGCCAGUCUGAGUGCUGUGGUGGUAGAAGGUGUCACAUUUCCCACCCUCCCCAGCCAUCCCUGACAGCCACUCACCGACAACGACCGGCAGCACCCGCAUGGCCUUGCGCUCCCGGCCGUUGAUCUUGGCCCGCUUGCGCCCGUGCCCUGGGUGCGGGUAUCUGAGGUGUGGGUAGGACACAGUCUGGAUCCCACUGUUCAUCCCACACUCCCCAGGGAGGCCGGCACGGGCAUAGGGGCUGCACUCCAGCAGCCCCAGCCGGGUCUGCUCUCUCUCCAUCAGGGUUGGGGGGUGAUACAGCUUCCUGUUGGCUCCAUAGAUGCAGCCUCUCAGCUUGGCCUUCCGGGCUUCUUCCCAGCGCUUGAGUCCUUGGAACAUGCCACAGUACAGAACCAGCAUGACAGGGCAUGGGAUGAAGAAGGAGCAGAUGGAGGAAUACACGAUGUAGUUGUCAUCCUCCAGUUGGCACAAGCUGGGGUCCCGGUCUGGGACAUUAUUGAGGCCAAAUAUGACUGGGGAUGCCACAGCAAAGGCGAAUAUCCAGGUGGUGGAUAUAAGGAUCAGCUGCCGCAGGUCGAUCUGCCGCCGGUUGUAGUUGAGCGGGAUUUGAACAGCGAUGAACCUGCCAACACAGCCCCGGGUGAGUCAGUCCUGGUGUGGUGGUGGCACCAUGGUCUUGUAACCAAGGAGCCCCAAGCUUCUUGUCACUGUCUUUCCCCCCAUUAAUUUACUUUACUAACAGCGAAAGCCUGGGCUACAACCAGAACAGCCAAGGGACAGCUCUGGAUCAUCACACAAUGAGCUUUCAGCUUGGCCACCACCGAUGGGACACAAACCCGAUGGUGGAGGUUAUUAGGGCCAAACAGAUUCCUUCGGGGUGGGCAGAAUCCUUCCUGCCUGGGACACUGGCAAGGGCCUAUGGAACCCGUGUGCUGCCCAGGCACAGCCAGAGCAGGAAGCUACUCACCGAUCCACGCUGAUUGCACACAGGUUGAAGAUGGAGGCUGUGCACAGCAUCACAUCCAUGGUCAUCAGGGCAUCGCACAGCACCGUGCUGAGGGACCACACUCCUCCCUGGAACUGAAAAAGAUCCCUGGGGUCAGCAGAUGCUGUGUGCUUUAAAAUGACAGGAACAUGGCCAUGCCUGGGUGCCUCAGCCCCUCAUGUUUGCUCCAAACAAGCAGCCCAAAGCUGAGUGCUCCUCCUGUGGCAGGAUACUCCAGGUAUAGCAGCAGCACGUGGGAAUCAGCCCCACACAGAGCCCACAGCCUGCUCAGGGCUUGUGAUUCUGGCCUGUCUGAAGAACUGAGCCCUCACACCACCAGUAUAGCCAAGUGAGUCAUAAUGGGCAGAGAAACGGACACAGGACAUUGCAUUGCCUUGGGCGAGGUCAGGUACCCCCAAGCUCCUCAGACCCCCCAGUUUAGGACUGCAAGAUCUCACCAACAAAGCAAUAUUGCCUGCGCAGCAUCCUGAGCUCAGUCCCCAAGCAAGCAAGAGACAGAGCACAAAGCUCUUCCACUUCUGUGUCCCAGCUGCCCCAAGCCCCUAUGUGAACGGUUUCCCUGGGUUGCACAACUGCUCCAUCCUGGCAGGCCAAGCACAAGCCCAGCCUCUGGAGAUCAGGUCCAGGCAGUGAGUAACAACCUCUGAUUCUCUCCCCAUGGUCACAGGCACCAGGGCAGGGCAGCAGGGACCAGUGUCAGUGCUCUGAACCACCUGGAGGUGUUGACUCUGCCAUCCUUGGUGAUUUUCAGCUUGGUCAUGUCUCAGCCAGCAGCACAGGCUCUGCACAGCCCAUAGCACAGGACAGGCAGCAUGACAGACAGAAGAACAGCAGUGGCUGAUGCUCAUAUAGCCAGAAACUACUUGCAGCACUUUGUUCCAGUUGAGUGCUUGUCUCACCCAGGUUUCAGGAAGCAGGUAUGGAUUUGUUCCUGUACUGGUGCUAAACAGGUUCUGCUUUCAUUCAUGCCAGCACAGAGUAGAGCCACGUGGGGAACACGCUCCACACAACGCCUGGAAGGUGCCAAACCCCAGGCCCUGCCAGCAACAGGGCAGGCAGCUCUGCAGGGAUUAAUAUCAGCCAUCAGUAAUGAUGUCAAGCACAGGAUUAUGAUUAGAGGAGCUGUAAAGCCAAAGGAGUCUCUGAAGUAACUGUUUUGCUAUUUUUGUACAGCAUCUCCUUGAGAUACCUCCAGGGGAGCUCUGGAGGCUGACCUGAGUGCUUCAGUCAGCCUAUUCUCUAGCACAAUGCAGACACUCCAAACUGAAUUUGGGACCUGAAUCAUCAAAAGCCAAAUUUCUGCCAAGCUCACUGGGAUUUUGACAGGUUCAGUUCAGCUUAUGAGAGUGAAAAUUUGAUUUUGGGCUACAGUUUUCCAAACCUAUUUGUGAUUCGGGAGAACUAAUUGAUUCUGAAAAGGACAAAGGCUCUCAGUCUGCAGCACCAUUGAAUCAUAGGAGAUUAAAGUUGGGCACUUGGAAAAUGCUAUAAACCCUUCCCUUUCCCCACCAACCCCCAAGACUCGGGCUUUGGAGGAGGUGCUAGGAGAGAACUUCCCAUUCUGUGGUGUUUGUCACCUGCCCACCUUGGCAAAACGUGCCAAGGACCCCUCUGAUGGGAGAGUAACUUUGGAUAAGAGGCUUUGCUGGGCCAUGUGAUUAAGGAGUACCUAAUUCCAGGAGGCUGCAGCAGAUUAGCCCAUCAAGGUCCACAGUGUAAAGAUUUAGGGAUCACAAACAGCUCAAGCUUCCUUUAAGAAGUGCUCCAGAACAACUGCACCUCCAGCAGCUCUUUGGGGUCUCCACUUUUCCAGAAUACAAUGCAGAAGUUUUUAUGGGAUGGUGGAUGGCAGGAGACAGACUUGGUUUCUCAAACACCCUUGCAGUUGCCUUCCUAAUCAGCCCAUUCUGGUAUCCUUAUUCCUAAGCACAGCUGAUUUGUAAGGAAAACUCUGCCUUCUAAACCAGCCUGAUGCCAGAAGAGCUCCUGAGGGCAGGAGCCAGGACAAAGCCAAAGGUUUUAGUUCUAUUUCCUCUGAUACCAGCCCUUGUCUCAGUCCUGCCACAUGCAGGGAACAGCAGGAGCCUGAAAGGGAAUUAGGAGAUGCCCAUCUGGACUUUGAACAAGUAUCUGCCUCAGUGCAGCCAUGGCUCAAAGACAUGGCAUGGUGUGAGAAGGCUGUGACAAGAGUUGGAAGAGGAACAGUCCUUGCCAGUGGGCAAAGUCCAGCAUCAGAGCCAAAGAAUUGUCUCCAUGUCCACCAGAAGCUGAUUUGGGACUUUUUGCUAUGAGUUGUGACAAGUCCCCAGAAUACACAAAGCAGCCUGCAAGGGGAGAGGAAGAAGAGGGAGUGGGACAUAAGACAGAGGUGCUUCAUGUCUGCUCUGAUGUUCUUUCUUAAAUCAUUGAGGUCAAGAUUUUUCAGAGACUGUGAAAAAGCCUCAUCAUCCAUCUGAGAUAUUAUGAAGGCCAAGAAUUCCAAGACACCUCUCCCCAGUUACUGGUAUGUGAAAAAAAAAAUCCUAAGCACUGGUUUGUAACUGCUGGCCUGUCUCACCUCCCUGGUACUUUAUGUGGCUCAGACAUCACCCAGGCCCAGAAUAACAUCUAUUUCCACUAAAACUCUAACAUUCUAGGAAAGACUAAUCCCAAAUCCUGCUGCAAACAAGCUGAUACGCAUUCACAGAGAGCCAGAGGAAAUUUGGAGAGGGUAGAGGUCUGGCCUCUUAUUAGAGGAGCUGCAUCACAGGCACACAGAAAAAACUGCCAGAAAAUAAAUGUUUUGAUACCAAACCAGUGACACCCUGAAAGUUUUGGGCAGAACCCAUCACCCUCACCAAGAUAAGAAGAUAGCUCAUGAGGUUUUUACUGGCUCUCCAUCAUCAUGCCUGCUGGGAACAUUCAUCUUCCCUGACCUGGAGAAGGAGCCAGGUAAACAUGCAAAUCUGCUCAAACUGUUUCCUCUUUUCCAUAAUCACUUACACAGGUCUUAGUGGCAAAGAUGUUUACAUAACCAGCACCCUCAGCUCCUGCCAGCAGCUUCCUGGCUCAGGCCUGUUCCACAGCUCUGCUGCUUGGCAGGGAUUAGCAGAGAGCUGAUCACAGGAGCAGCAGGUACAGGUACAGGUGUGCUCCACAGCACAGGCCACGUGUGGAGCUUGUCCUGGUGCCUGCCAUAAUUGCUGGGUGCCUCCACUUGAUGAGGACUGUAAAAACUCCUGCAAGUAUCCCAUAGUCUUUGGAACUCCUGCCAUUGUCACCCUCUCUGGAAAGAGGAAGCUUGCCUCACAAGGCAAGCCUGUGGAGCCAUGCAGCUCCCUCCCAGAGCCAAGUGAUGUCCUGCAGUAACUCCACAGCACCAUAUCUCUGCUUCCUCAGGAACCCCUGUUUCAGUGCUACCCAUGCUGCAGGGACUCUGUAGGAUCUUCUCCUGGCCUCUCUUCACAUCAAAGCAGAAUUCUGUUCCUCGGCAAUAACAGUUAAUGCCUGGGAGUGCUCCAGGCCAUCUCCUUCUCCAUUGCUUCCCAUCAUCCCUGCUUUUCUGGCACUGGAUUGAUUGCUGGAAAGCACUUGGCACACUCACCAGAAAGCCAAGGCUGGCAGAAGAGCAGUGCAACUUCCCCAUGGAAGUUACCAUUACCUCUUCCCAUCACACUGCUAAGACCUGAGAUCCCCAAGCAGGCAGGAAGGAAAGUGCCUUCUGCCCACCAGGGCAGGCAGCUGUGUGGUAAUUACAACUGGAAAACAUUGGAACAUGUCUUUAUUCCAUUUUUGGAUGAGUCCAGUGGAAGGAGAGUGUGUGUCCAUAAUUGCUGCCAGUGUCUGAAAUGAGCUUUCUUUAAACACCAGAAAUAAAAGCCAAGAUCGAGGACUCUCCCACUGAGCUCCAGCUUCAGUGAACAGCAGCAAAGGCUCAUCCACAUCCCACAGGAAGGAAUCCCAUCCCCACUGGGGCUUGGAGGAGAUCUCUUGCUUGUGAGGAUGUCAGAUGUCACCUCAAAAGUUAAGUCCCUCCUGCUGUCUUCUAAAGCUCUGACUUGGAGGAAUGUUUCCAAAACUGGAACACAAGAUGCCACCUCACAGGAAAACAGCACAAGGUGAGCAAAUUUCUGCUGAAUGAAAAAAUGCUCCAUUUAUUGUUCUGUUCCUGCUAAAAAGCAAAACCCCACCAGAAACCACCUCAGCUGGUUUUCGAGUUUUCCAGUAGGCCCUCAGAGUCUGCCUUUACUGUGUCAGGAGGUGCUCUAAAGUUUAAAGAACAAAACAAAAACCCCACACCAAGAAUGAAGAUUGACGUGAACAUUCAGGACUGUCUGGGCCAUAUUUUCAGUGCCUACAAUGUUUGGGAGAGAGUGCAAGCUGAAACCAAGCUAGUUUUAAAGAGCAAUCACUACACCCUGGAUCUUGCAUCCCAACAUCUAAUUCUGAGUUUUGCCUCCAAGGGAAAAAAAAAAGGAAA